AUGGUCAUUGACAACAAGGAUCAUGUUAUACAGAUCAAGUCUGCAGCAUUUGGCUUAAUUUCAAUUCAACUUGAUGAGUCGACUAAUGCGACAUCGUGUUUCCAGAUGCUAGUGUUUGCAAGAAAUGUUUACUCAGUUUCUCUUUUUUCUCUCCCCUCCCGAGGAAGGAACUCCAGAGUGAAGACGGCGUUGAUUACCUGGUUGUUGCGUUAUCGCCGAAAUCCUGCUGUCUCGACUGAGCACAAGAUAUUCAUCUUGAUUUUCCUUGAGGCGUCGGAGAGUGAUGAACAUGAGUCUGGUGCACUAGUGGUCAAGAGUGGAGCGCCUCUACACUGCCCUAAGCUCUCAGCUUGCAGUUUCCAGCUCACCUACCAGGAGAUCGUCAUCUUCCAGUCCAGCGAGUUGGUUUCACUGUGUGUGGUGAUAAGAGGGCAAGCUGUUAUGGAGCCAGCAGUGAUCACAGCCAUGCUGUCAUGGAGUCAGCAAUGAUGAUCACAGCCAUGCUGUCAUGGAGUCAGCAGUGAUGAUCACAGCCAUGCUGUCAUGGAAUCAGCAGUGAUGAUCACAGCCAUGCUGCUAUGGAGUCAGCAGUGAUGAUCACAGCCAUGCUGUUAUGGAGUCAGUAGUGAUGAUCACAGCCAUGCUGUCAUGGGGUCAACAGUGAUGAUCACAGCCAUGCUGUCAUGAAGUCAGCAGCGAUUUCUACCACAUACAGGAAUAGUCAACUGACGAUGUAGUAAUCACGUUAUAAAAUAAUGUUGUGAACAUAAACGCGAACAAAAAGAUACAACGAUGCCUAAAAAACGCGAGAGCUUC